AUGGAAACCCUAGCCUUCUCCUGUAAUCAACCGCUUUUCUCUCCUCGCCGGUACACCUCAAGGCUCACCUUCAAGACGACACCUUUCUCCCUCAAAUGCUCGACCUCACCUCCAUCCUUAGUGGACCAAUCUGUCAAGUUCAAGGAAGCUGCUAAACAAGGGAAUUUGAUCCCUAUGUACAAGCCCAUAUUUUCUGAUCAUUUGACUCCAGUGCUUGCAUAUCGGUGUCUGGUGAAGGAAGAUGAGAGAGACGCCCCCAGUUUUCUUUUUGAGUCAGUUGAGCCUGGUCCAAAAGCAUCCAGUGUCGGACGAUAUAGUGUAAUUGGAGCUCAGCCAACAAUGGAAAUCGUGGCAAAAGAAAACAUGGUGACCAUAGUUGAUCAUCAUGAAGGACAGAGGACAGAGGAGUUUGUGGAGGAUCCUAUGGUGGUUCCUCGUAGGAUUAUGGAGAAGUGGAAACCCCAACGCAUUAAUGAACUUCCUGAAGCAUUUUGUGGUGGUUGGGUCGGUUACUUUUCAUAUGACACUGUGCGCUAUGUAGAGCAGAAAAAACUUCCAUUUUCCAAAGCUCCUGAAGAUGACAGAAAUCUUCCUGACAUUCAUCUGGGGCUUUAUGAUGAUGUUAUAGUGUUCGAUAACGUGGAGAAGAAAGCAUAUGUGAUACACUGGGUCAGAUUGGAUCAGUUUUCUUCUGUUGAAGAGGCCUAUGAUAAUGGGAUGAACAGAUUAGAAGCUUUAGUGUCAAGAGUGCAUGACAUAGUGCCCCCUAAGCUUUCUGCGGGUUCCAUAAAACUAUACACUAGCCAUUUUGGUCCUUCUUUGAGCAAGUCCACCAUGACUAGUGAAGAAUACCAGAAUGCAGUGAUGCAAGCUAAGGAGCAUAUUUUAGCUGGGGAUAUCUUUCAGAUUGUGCUCAGCCAGCGGUUUGAACGACGCACUUUUGCUGAUCCUUUUGAAGUGUAUAGAGCGUUGAGAAUUGUCAACCCAAGUCCAUAUAUGACCUACUUACAGGCGAGAGGCUGUAUCCUGGUUGGUUCAAGUCCUGAAAUUCUUACUCGAGUUAAGAAGGGCACGGUUACCAAUCGACCUCUGGCUGGAACUGUUCGAAGAGGGAAAACGCGAGAGGAAGAUUACAUGUUGGAAAAUCAGCUUUUACAUGAUGAGAAACAGUGUGCAGAACAUAUUAUGCUUGUUGACUUGGGACGAAAUGAUGUUGGAAAGGUGUCGAAACCUGGUUCUGUGAAGGUUGAGAAGCUCAUGAAUGUUGAAAGAUAUUCCCAUGUCAUGCACAUCAGUUCCACUGUUACUGGUGAGUUGUCAUCUGACUUGACCAGCUGGGAUGCUUUACGCGCAGCAUUGCCUGUUGGAACAGUUAGUGGAGCCCCCAAGGUGAAAGCCAUGGAACUUAUCGAUAAACUAGAAGUGAAGAGGCGGGGGCCAUACAGUGGUGGAUUUGGGGGCAUUUCUUUUACGGGAGAUAUGGAUAUUGCUUUAGCUUUAAGGACCAUUGUUUUCCCGACCAACAUGAGGUACGACACAAUGUACUCGUACAGAGACAGUGGAAAACGAAGGGAUUGGGUUGCCCAUCUCCAAGCAGGGGCCGGCAUAGUUGCAGACAGUGAUCCUGCUGACGAGCAGAGGGAGUGUGAAAACAAGGCUGCUGCUCUCGCUCGAGCCAUUGAUCUUGCUGAGUCAUCAUUUGUCGAGAAGUAA